UCAGCAACAGCCUGGCAGAGCAGGAGCAUCCUCCUGGACAGCCAGGAGAUGUUGGCCACCCUUGCCCUCUUCCUGGGGCUGCCCCUUGCCCUGGCCACCGAGCCCCAAAGCUGCGCCCCGCUGAUCCCGGUCACCUUCGACAACACCACCAUCCCUCAGCUCCUGGGAUGGUGGUUCUACAUUGCUGGUGCCUCCAGGUAUCCCCCUCACCUGGCAGAGAUGGAAGCAAUGACAUUUGAGGCUUUUUCUUUCUCUCCUGGUAGCCAUGAGGACGAGCUCAACAUCAUCGAAAUCAUAAGAAUGAAUGAGACAUGUGUGGUGAGGAACUCCAGCAAGGUCCAGGUCUUUCAGCAGAACUCCACGAUGAAGCACGUUGAUGAAAAUGAGGUGGUUUCCAUGGCGAGACUGAUCCAAAGUGACAAAGACCUGCUGAUCCUGAACCACAUCAACAUUGACUUCCCAAAUCUGAGUCUCUCAGCACGGACACCCAAUGUGAGCAAGGAGCACAUGGAGGAGUUCAAAGCCCACCUGCAGUGCCUGGGCUUCACUGAGAAGGAUGUGUUCUACGCUUCCACAGAGCAUGCCUGUCCCCUGCCCGGGGGUGGAGACAAUGCAGAUCCACAGCUGGGGUAACCCCCAUGGACGGGUUACUUCCUCCAUCCUCAUCCUCCCCCAGCCCAGCCAUGCUCAGCACAGCCUCAGAACCUCUUAUCCUACACAUGUUUUGGUUUUUCCUCCUGAAUUAAACACCCGGUUUCACUCUUCUCAACUGGCCCCAAAAUAAACUCCUGUGUUUCAACCA